CAUGUCCGGUGGUACGGCACCACGGGUCGUCGUUGAGGACUACCGCGUGUAAAACAUCAAAGCCGCGGUUGAAUUGGUUGAACGCCGAUGCCUCUUUCUGACCGGUGGCUGCAUGUUUAUAUAGGCGAGGAAACUCCCCUCGCGUGGAUUACAAUCCUUGGCGGACAAGAUAUGCUAGUUACAAAGAUUUAUCUCUAACAGCCCCCUCAAUCAUAGCCGAGCGAGGUUAAGAUUGUGCUUGGAGUUCUCCAGCUGUCGUACCGCAAGCGCUCGGCACGGCCGCUCCCGGCGCCCAUCACUGGCUCGCCGAAUUGGCCGACUUCGCCAAGGUGUUCGUCGCCGGCGAGUCGUCCGGCGCGAACAUGUCCCACCACGUCGCGGUGAGGCGCGGGCCGGGCCAGCUCGCCCUUGACCCGCUGCGCAUCACGGGGCACGUCCCGGCGACGCCUUUCUUCGGCGGCGCCGAGCCCACCGCGGCGGAGGCGGCGGCGCCCCCGCCCGGAGCGCCGUUCACGCCGGAGAUGUCCGACAAGCUGUGGGGCCUGUCGCUCCCGGCCGGCGCGACCAGGGACCACCCGGCGGCGAAUCCGUUCGGCCCGGACAGCCCGCGCCUGGAGCCGGUGGCGUUCCCGCCGGUGCUCGUCGUGUCGGCCGGCCGCGACAUCCUCCACGAGCGCGUGCUGCGCUACGCGGCGGCGCUGGGGGAGAUGGGGAAGCCGGUGGAGCUCGCCGUCCUCGAGGGGCAGGAGCACGCGUUCUUCUCCCGACAGCCGUGGAACGAGGCGGCCAACGAGCUGAUCCGUGUCGUGAAGCACUUCGUCCACAGAGGCAACGGCGCCCAGUGCAACUAGUGUACUGUACAGAUAGUUGGUGAUUAGUCUAACAAUAAAUCUGUGUCCUUUUUGGUUAGUCUUGUUCUCGCUCGUUCUCUAGAACAUGGCAAUACAAAAUGGAUGGACUC